CAAAUUGUUCUGUUCUAUAAUAGUUGGUUAUUUGUCAAGGAUAAAAAAAGUGCUUAUUAUGGAGGCCUAUUUUAGUCUAAAGCGAAACAUAUUGGUGGAUUUCCCUCCAAAAAUACACCAUUUUCAAUUUGGAAAUGUUUGGCGAGAGCAUUAUGAGCUGUAGUUCUAUUGGGACUGUAAUAGUUCUAAAGUAAACUUCUAAAUCAAGUACCAAACAAUAUUCUGAACUACUACAAACAUAACCUCAAAUUUUAUUGUAACUGAAAAAUUAUACACAGCUUUUUAAAUUAUAUACUUUAUUUUUAUAUAGUUUACGUAAAAAUGCCCGUUGAUAUAAAAGAAUUGACUGAAGGCUGGCUUGAGUUAGAAAGCGACCCAGGUUUAUUUACCUUACUUUUAGAAGACUUUGGUGUAAAAGGUGUACAAGUCGAAGAAAUUUAUGAUUUACAUAAACCCUUAGACAGUCCCGUUUAUGGCUUCAUAUUCCUAUUUCGUUGGAUUGAAGAACGCAGAUCAAGACGUAAAAUCGUAGAACAAACCGAAAUAUUUGUAAAAGAAGAAGAUAUCGUGAAUAACAUAUUUUUUGCCCAGCAAAUGGUACCCAAUAGUUGUGCCACACACGCUCUUAUUUCUAUUUUACUAAAUUGCCCCAAUAUACAUCUGGGAGAAACUUUAAGUAGACUAAAGACUCACACGCACGGCAUGUCUCCGGAAAAUAAAGGGUGGGCUAUUGGAAAUACUCCAGAACUAGCUUGUGCACACAAUUCGCAUGCGAUACCUCAGGCAAAAAGGAGAUUGGACAAAAGUAGUGGUGUUACAACUGGUCGAUUUACCGGGGAAGCCUUCCAUUUUGUUAGCUUUGUACCUAUAAACGGCAGACUCUUCGAAUUGGACGGCUUGAAGCCGUUUCCCAUUGAUCACGGCCCCUGGAACGAUGUAGGCGAUUGGACGGAGAAAUUCAGAAGUGUCAUGAGCGAACGUCUGGGAAUUUCAGCGGGCGAGCAAUACCACGACAUUAGAUUUAAUUUAAUGGCUGUCGUACCCGAUCGUCGAUUGGCCAUCACACACAAGCUGAAAAUGUUAAAAACCAACAAGCAGAUCGUUCUAGACGCGUUACAGCAGCUGAUGAAGAUUAAGCAUGUCGACAAAUGCGAAAAGGAGGAGCCCGAGGCUAAACCUAAAAAAGAAGCGGGUAAUGAAGAUGAGUCGGCUCAGAUUCCUAACGUUGUUGAACCGUCUGUAACGUCGACGAUUGAAAAAAUGAAUGCGGAACCAAAGAAAGAUAAGGUGAUGCUCUGCCCUUUGGACUACUCAACGCCCCUCACCAUUCAGACAUCUCCCGCACCAAGUACCUCGAGUACGGAUACAUCGUCAGAAGUGGGAUCCGCAUUUAAUUCGCCAACCCAAGCGUGGAAUUGGGCUGCUUCUCAAAACAGUCCCCUUUCGAAGGACUUUAAAAGGUUUGUCGUCAUUCGAGUCGCAAAUGAAGAUAAGGAUCUUUCCAAACCAAUAGUGAACAUUAACGGCAAACGUCAAACUAACGAGGCCGCGCCGACCUGUAACAAGAAAUGCCUGUCGAACACCGGACACGCACGCGUGCGUACGAGCGACGGAGACACUGUCGUCGCCGAAAAAAAGAACCCAGAAUUCCUGGAACCGCACACGUUCGCGCCCCAAGACCUACUAGCUUUACUGCGAAAUCUCGAGAACGAAAUUUGUAUCUGCGAAAUUAGCCUAAAGGACGAGAACGACAAGCAAAAUAAGUACAGGGUGGACGACUGUAGACGUACGCACAAUUACGACGAAUUCGUAUGCACGUUUCUGUCGAUGCUGGCGGAACAAGGUAAAUUGGCCGACUUGGUCGAACAGCACCUCCUAACGCCGAAGAGGCCGGGCGGGGCGCUGCCGGUACCGAAAAAUUCGAAAAGUAUAAAGAAACAGGAAAGCAAUCAUAAAAAGAAAAAGGGUAGAUCGAAGGUGAAACGGCGAAAGUAGUCAACAGUCAUUAUUAACCGGACACAACAGUAUUUAUUACCUACUAUUUUUAAUUAUUUAUUACAAUCCAAUUUUGUGGAUAUACAAUAAUUGUGUAUAUUAUUGUUAUAUUUGUUAAUUUUAGAAUGUCCUGUGAA